CAACUUUUCUACGACGGAACGAUUUCGUGGCAGAUCCGUCGCAAAAUAGAAAUCUGCCACGGAAAAUUAGAUUCUGCCACGAAAUUUUUCCGUUGCAGAAGAGGAAUUUUCUUGUAGUGUCAAGGCGCAAUGAUGGGAUCGCGAUCCAGAGCCAGGACUCCGAAAGGAGAUUCCGGCGAUGAUUCAUCGGUGGCGAAUUUAUCGUUGGAUUUCGGAACCCCGAAGGCUCUAGAGCGCAUGCGUAAGCUCACAGAUGUCGGAGCCAUGACUCGUCUUCUCCAUGAGUGCAUCGCUUACCAGUGUGCCCUAGAUCCGGACCUGGAGGUGAUUCUUUCCCAGCGGCAUGAUCUCGACAAGCAGCUCUCAGUCUUGUAGAAAUCCGCAACCGAGUUCAAUUGGAAUCUUCAACAAGACGGGAUUCUCUCGAUUUCCGUCCGAACUCGGGAGGAAAAUGAUUUUCCCCUUUUUUAAUUCAUUUUCUCUCCACUUUUCCUUUUCUCUCAUUUUUCCUUUCUUUUUCUCACUAACCAAACAUUUCCCUCCUAUUUUCUUUUCUUUUCCUAGCCAAAAUCCUUGAAUCAAACAUAGUGUAAAUGAAUUUCACAAGUAUUU